GAUAACAUUCUGAAAAAACUAGUGUUACUAGUUAUUACCAAAUAUGCCCAUUUUCCACUACAUUUAGCAAUUAAUGUUUCCUCCAACAGGGGAGAAUGGUGCUGUAAACUCAAAGUUGAUUGCUAACAAGAAUCUGGUGGCGAUCCUCAGUCCAGAGUUUAUGAAAUAUGUUCAUGAAGCUUGGCUGGGAAAUAAGGGCUAUUAUCCAUCAACUGGCUUUCUGAGUUUUGCUCUCAGCCUGUUCCUUUGUGAUGAGGUCAGUGUUUUUGGGUUUGGAGCAGACAGUGAUGGAAACUGGAGCCACUACUUUGAAAGACUCGGAAACAAAAAAUUGAAAACUGGAGCUCAUCCUGGAGGUUAUGAAUAUGAUGUUAUGGUGCAACUAGACAAGAAGAAGAAAAUCCGUUUUUUUAAAGGAUGGUAAAUUUAGUCUCGCUCUUUAUGUCUCAUUAGUGUCUCUAUUUCAUUCAUUAAACAUUGGGUUACAAGCUGUGAUCUGACCAAAAUCACAUGACUUCUCAGAUGUUCAAUUAUAGAUUAGGAUGGAGUAAUCUUUAAACAGGAAGCACCCUGUCGGAAGACCACCCAAAAGUUUGUGACAUGAAAGCUUCUUAAAAUGGACCCUCCCAACUCUGUGUUUGUAGUUAGUUACAGUUGAAUGAAACAACUUUCACUAAGGUGCAGUUUUUUUUCUCUGGCAGAAACAGGAACUGCCGUAACUUCUUGUAUCCAUGGUUUUGUAUUAACAUAUUAUACACAGCAGUACUUAGGACACAUAAAUAACAGUGUAGGCAGUCAUGUGGCAUUCCAUUUAUUCCACAGUAGACUUAAAAAAAAAAACUUGGUUGUUGGUGGUUUUUGGAACUGGCCCUUUUUUUUUCUAGAUGAGAGAGGGUUAUAUUUAUUCCUAAAUACAAUAUAAACUGUAAGUUGUAAAUAUCUGUAUGGGUGGUCACACAAAACUUACAUUUGUACAGAGCAUGUUCCAAGAUGAUCAGUGAUUCCACAGCAUAGGCAUUGCACAUGGUCAGUAAGUCAGCAUCUAAAAGUAAUUCAGUAAGGAAAAAUGUAUGAAGGGACUUGAAUUGUAUUAGAGGUAAUUCAGUCUUAAUCCAUAAUGGAGUGUGGUGGGUAAUGGCUUUAUUAAGUUUCAGGUUUCAUGUGGUUUGUGUGUUGCCUUCAAAUAUGCCUGAUCUGGAUGUAUAUGUUUCCUGUAUGGUGAAAUAUGAAAGAUUUUAACACUUUGAACAUUCUAACUUUGUAAUUUACAGCAUGUUCAUUAAUGUUUACCUGUGCAUUUAUUUCUGCUUUCUCUGCAUGACUGAUACGAUAAUAUUGGCUACUCAAUGUCCCUCGAAUAAAUGCCUCAAAACUA